GGGGAGGCUUCAGACUUUUGGACAGCGUUGUAGGUCUGUUACUGAGCAUUUAGCACGAAGCAAUGCAGUUUCGUUCAAUAGACUCCUCUUAAAAUCUAAGUCCUGACUUCAACAACUUAAGUCUUUGGGCUAACCGUCAGCUCCUACACCGACAACACAGGCUUGUUUGUUCACUAAAAGCGGUGUCCAUAAAGUUUUUCAAAGACGGUAGCGCAGCAGCAAUGGCGGCUCCCAUGUCCUGGAGGAGGCUGGUGCAUUCCGUGUAUUCACCGGCCAUCGCCGGGGUUUUUACCCGAAUAUCUGACCGGUUGUUUCGUGUAAGGGACAGAAGAAGAGGGUCCUCCGUGCUGCUCCUGGCCCCGCUGCUGGCCGAAACCGACCGGGCCCCGCGCCACAGCUCCAGGCCCCCCGGCUCGGCCGGAGCUCAGGGCACAGACGGCCUCUGCAGCCGCUUCCGGUGGAUGGCGGACCAGGUGCCCGCCUUCCGGGUCCCAGGCAACCACGUCCACAUUCUGAGCUCACCGGACCAAUUCUACCAGGUCAUGAAGGCGCGUAUCAGGACGGCGCAGAAGCGAGUGGUGAUGGCCUCGUUGUACCUGGGAACGGGUCAGCUGGAGCAGGAGCUGGUGGACUGCAUGGAGGAAGCCCUGCUGCGUUCUAAGGAGAGCGGCUGCUCCCCCGACCUGAAAGUCUCCGUCUUGCUGGACUACACGCGGGGCUCACGAGGGCGGGUCAACUCCAGGACCAUGCUGCUGCCCCUGCUGCGGCGCUUCACCUCCCAGAUGAGGGUGUCGCUGUACCACACGCCGGACCUGCGGGGGCUGCUGCGGCUGCUGGUCCCGCAGCGCUUCAACGAGACCAUCGGCGUGCAGCACAUCAAGGUCUACCUGUUCGACGACAGCAUCAUCAUCAGCGGGGCCAACCUGAGCGACUCGUACUUCACCAACAGACAGGACCGCUACGUGCUGCUGGAGAACUGCGGGGAGGUGGCCGACUUCUUCUCCGACCUGGUGGAGGCCGUGGGGGACGUCUCCAUGCAGCUCCAGCCCGACGACUCGGUCGCCAUGCUGGAGGGCAUGGUGCACCCCUACAAAGGCAACCGGCAGGACUUCUCGGCGGCGGCGAGGAGGCGCAUCAUGGAGGUGGUGGACACGGCCCAGGUGAGGCAGCGGCUGCAGCGCCGGCCGGAGGACUCUGAGGACGAGGGGCCGAGCGACGGGGAGGAGGACACCUGGGUGUUCCCCCUGGUGCAGAUGAAGCCUCUGGGCAUCCAGGUGGACGAGCAGGUCACCCAGCGGCUGCUGACGGACGCCGGGCCGGACUCCACCGUCUACCUGACCUCGGGCUACUUCAACCUGACCCGAGCUUACAUGCGGCUGGUGCUCGGGGCCGGCGCCAGCUACCGGAUCCUCACCGCCUCCCCCGAGGUCAACGGCUUCUUCGGGGCCAAGGGCGUGGCCGGGGCCAUCCCCGCGGCCUACAUCCACAUCGCCAGGCAGUUCUACAACCAAGUGUGCCAGCUGGGCCAGCAGAGGAGGGUCCACCUGCACGAGUACCACCGGCCGCAGUGGACCUUCCACGCCAAAGGUCUGUGGUAUUACCUCCGGGGGCAGGACCGGCCCUGCCUCACUCUGGUGGGCUCCCCCAACUUCGGCUACCGCUCGGUCCAUCGCGACUUGGAGGCCCAGAUCGCCAUAGUGACGGAGAACGAGGAGCUGCAGAGCCAGCUGCAGGAGGAGCAGGAGAUGCUGUACCGGCGCUCCACAGAGGUGUCCAGCACCACCUUCCAGCGGCCAGACCGCCACGUCAAGCUGUGGGUGAAACUGGUCACCCCGCUCAUCAAGAAUUUCUUCUGAGACCCAAACAGGUGGGUUGGAGAGACACUUUGAUGGGCGUUCUGAGAGACCACGGCACCUUUCGAAAGUGCGUGGCAGAAAACAGACAAAUGGGUGGACAACACAGCAUGUAAACCUCCAGAACUGACCACCCGGUUUACGGCUUCCACCCACUCUACGUAACUUAUGCAUUAACAGACGUCACCACACUGUGGAUCACCGGUUCUGUGCUGGCACUUGCCUCAAACAUUUAAAAAAAAAAAACUUACCCCAAAGUUUUUUGCAUGCCCCAACCCCGGGGGGGUUGGGGG